ACACAAGUCCAACCUUGUACACGAUGUGACAAACUGCCAACAAAAGUAACCAUAUCAGCAGAUUUUUAUACAGCCCCCAAAAUUAAGGGUAUCGGCCAACCAGUUGGGGUGGAAUUAGACUGA